CCCUUGCAAUGGUUAUUAUGUCGAUGAAAGUCCAAAAAUGAGCUAUAGAAAAAGGAGAAGUCCUUUAGAGAGAAGAGGUGAUUCCGAACCCAAAGACACCUGUGAAUCAGAAGGUUUUAAUGGACCUUGUGGAACUAAACCCACAAUUUUCAAAUGUAACGGUUUAACUUGGGAUUGUGGUAACGAAGGGUUCAAACAUCAGACAUGUGAUGGACCAGAAACGGGCAUAUAUAUGAUAAUCAAAUCUUGCUGCCUGUCCAAUAGUAAGAAGCGUCAAACAGGCGGUACAUCUCCUGCUACAAUUAAUGUUAAUGAUCAGAAAAAUGUUUAA